UCAGCAUACAGAACUCGAGUAGUUUUUCUUGAGAAAAUUGCAAAUUUAAAAUUUUUGUGAAAUAACAAUCCUUUGAAAAAUGUUCAAGUUUAUCCUCGUCACAUUGGCCUUAAUUGCUAGCGCUGCUGCCGCUCCUGGUUAUUUGGGUGGUGGUGCUGGUCUGGGUCAUGGCUACUUAGGUGGUCAUGCCAUUGCCGCUGCUCCUGCCAUCUCAUAUGGUCAUGCCGCCUAUGCAGCUCCUGCCAUUACCAAAAUUGCUGCUGCUCCCGCUAUCUCAUAUGCUGCACCCAUUGCCAAAGUAAGCUAUGCCGCCCCAGCUCUAAGCUUGGGUCAUGGCUUAGGCUAUGGCGGUUUGGGUCAUGGUUUGGCCUAUGGCGGUCAUGGCUUGGCUUAUGGUGGCCAUGGUUUGGCCCUUGGUGGUCAUGGUUUGGGUCUCGGAGGUCAUGGUUUGGGAUAUGGUCAUGGCUGGUAAGGUGUCCAUGUGAAGAUGAGUAUAACGUUGGCUGGUUUUAUCAAACAGUAUUUAUUUUUUUCGAAAAAUAAAUAGU